GUGAAGCAUUCAUCAGUCAAAUGGUCUGCAGGGCACUCACUGCAGCUCCCUUUCCUCACCCUCCCUGAUCCGGGAUACUCCAAAAUGCCCUGUGGUGGGAAUUGUGUGGAUGGGGUGAAUACCGCUGGAACGGGGAGCCCCCUCGCUGAGCCCCGUGCUGGAAGCUUCUGGGGCUGCUGGUUUUCCUUGGUCUGAACGAGCUCUUUGAGGCUUCGGGGUGGCCACAGGCAGCGGGAUACGACCGCUGGUCCCGAGCCGGGGAGGUGCAUGAACCGCGGUCCUCCCCCUGUCCAUCCACCCGUCUUCAGGGCGAUGCCGCUGCCCUGCCCCGAGAUGCGGCAGGAUCAGAAGGGGGCACUGGGAGGGGGGGGGUCCCAAGGCCGGCUCCUGCCCCGCCUCCCCCUGCCCACUCCCCGCUCCCCGCAGUAAGGGGGGUCCGCGGAGGCCCAUCGCAGGGGUCAGCGCUGCCGCUGCACGCCCGGCGCAGAGUCCCGCCGGGAUGGAGCGGGCGGGCGAGGCUCGGCCCCUGCUGCCGCCGCCGGGUCCCGCCGGACUCUCCUCUGCCGGCGCCGUCUGCAUCCUGCUCAAGUCGGCGCUGGGCGCGGGGCUGCUGAGCUUCCCCUGGGCCUUCGGCAGGGCUGGCGGAGCUGUCCCGGCCCUCCUGGUGGAGCUGGGCUCGCUGAUCUUCCUGGUGAGUGGGCUGGCAGUGCUGGGCUACGCAGCAGCCCUCAGUGCCCAACCCACCUACCAGGGGGUGGUCCGGGCUGUGUGCGGGGCAGCAGUGGGGAAGCUCUGCGAGGUCUGCUUCCUCCUCAACCUCUUCAUGAUUUCUGUGGCCCUCCUCAGGGUGGUGGGUGACCAGCUGGAGAAACUGUGUGACUCCCUGUACCCCAAUGGGACGCUGAGUGGGGCCCCCCUGUCACCUCCCUGGUAUGCAGACCAGCGCUUCACCCUCUCAGCUCUCUGUGUCUUUGUCAUCUUCCCGCUCUCUGUCCCCAAGGAGAUUGGCUUCCAGAAGUACUCCAGCAUCCUGGGCACGCUGGCUGCCUGUUACCUCACCCUGGUCAUCAUCCUGAAAUACCACCUGCAGGCAGAGAGCCUGGCCUCACCGGAGCCCUCCCAGCCCUCCAGGGCAUCCUCCUGGGCCUCCAUUUUUAGCGUCAUUCCCACCAUCUGCUUUGGCUUCCAGUGCCACGAGGCCUGUGUGGCCAUCUACAGCAGCAUGCGCAAUCAGAGCUUCUCACACUGGAUCGCCGUCUCUGUGAUCUCCAUGCUCAUCUGCUUGCUCAUCUACUCCCUCACGGGGCUCUAUGGCUACCUGACCUUUGGGGAGGCUGUGGCACCUGACGUCCUAAUGUCCUACCCAGGGAACGACCCGGUUGUCAUUGUUGCCCGCCUGCUCUUUGGUGUCUCCAUCAUUACCAUCUACCCCAUCGUGGUGCUGCUGGGCAGGUCAGUGGUGCGGGAUGUGUGGGUGACCCCCAAGCAUGGAGCCAUGGCAGUGGCCGAGGCGCAGGAGCAGCGGAGCCGGGUGGCACUGACAGUCACCUGGAUGGCCACCACGCUCACCAUUGCCAUCUUUGUCCCAGACAUCGGCAAGGUCAUCGAGCUCAUUGGGGGUAUCAGCGCCUUCUUCAUCUUCAUCUUCCCAGGGCUGUGCCUGGUGUGCAUAACUGGGACCCGCACCCUCGGGCCACGCAAAAAGGCAGCUCUCAUCACCUGGGGUGUCCUCUCCGUGCUCGGUGGUGCCUUCGUCUGCGGGCAGAGCGCUGCCCUGGCCGUGCUGGGGCUGCUGCGCUGAGGGGCCAUGGACCCGCCUCAUCGUGCCCCCCAGCAUGACACCCCCACCAUACCCUCGGCACAGCUACACCGCUGGAUCUCAUCACGGUUUUAUUUGGCAUGACCAUCCCCAUUAUAUAGAGGCUAAUAAAGACAGGAGAGGGAA